UCGCAGUUCCAACAAAGAGAGAGAGAGAAAGCAUACUCCUCGUGAAUCAGAAAGAAGCUCUCUUUUCAGAGAGGAGAGAGAGAGAGAGAGAGAGAGAGAGAGGAGGAGGAGGAGGAGGAGAAGAGAAGCUGAGUAGAGAGUCAGAGGGAGAAGGGUGUUUUUUUGACAGAGAAGGAGAGGAAUAAGAUCAAUAGCAGAUAGAGAAAGAUUAACACAGUGGCGGUAUUAGCAGGAAAAAUGACAUCCGGUGGUUCAUCAUCCGGGAGAUUACCAACUUGGAAAGAAAGAGAAAAUAAUAAAAGAAGAGAAAGAAGAAGAAGAGCCAUAGCUGCUAAGAUCUAUGCUGGUUUAAGAGCUAUGGGUAAUUACAAACUUCCUAAACACUGUGAUAAUAACGAAGUCUUAAAAGCUCUUUGUUCUGAAGCUGGUUGGAUGGUUGAAGAAGAUGGCACUACUUACCGCAAGGGAUGUAAACCACCACCGCAAAAUGAUAAUAUGGCAGGAACUUCAACAAACAUUAGUCCAUGUUCAUCAUAUCAACCAAGUCCAUCAUCUUCAGCUUUCCAAAGUCCAGUCCCUUCUUACCAUGCUAGUCCUACUUCCUCUUCAUUUCCUAGCCCUUCUCGGUUUGAUGCUAACCCGUCUUCGUAUCUCUUGCCUUUUCUUCGGAAUCUUGCUUCAAUUCCUUCCAAUUUACCCCCACUUAGAAUAUCUAAUAGUGCCCCUGUAACUCCCCCUCUUUCAUCCCCAACUUCAUCAAGAACUCCUAAUCUUAAACGUGAUUGGGAAACAUUAACUAAUAGUUCCAUGGCUUCUUUCCGACAUCCUCUAUUUGCUGCUUCAGCUCCUGCGAGUCCAACUAGGCGUCACCAUUUUACUCCUGCAACGAUUCCUGAGUGUGAUGAGUCGGAUGCUUCAACAGUUGAUUCGGGCCGAUGGGUCAGUUUUCAGACAGUUGCUCCAAUGGCUGCUCCAUCCUCUCCUACAUUUAAUCUCAUGAAGCCUGUUCUUCAGCAGAAUUUUUCACAGGAUGCCGUGGGUGGACCAGAGUUUGAGUUUGAGAACGGAAGAGUGAAGCCAUGGGAAGGAGAGAAAAUUCAUGAAAUGGGCGUCGAGGAUCUAGAACUUACCCUUGGCAGUGGGAAGAAUAGGUGAAUGUAUCCAAAGAUUGGGAUGUCAAAGAAGAAAGAAAGGGAAGAAGAGGGCUGUCCCUUGUCCUGUGAAACGCUGUGGUACAAAUGCAAAAUCUGCAUUCUAUGUACUAUACUAAUGUUGAACCAUUAUCGCACUGCUUGGUUACAUUGGGGGGGAUUCGACCUAUACUACUGAGUGGUGAUCACUGGAUAGCAGAAAAUCUUGAAUCAAAAUUUUCCACAUGGUGUGGUCUGCAAAUUUUUCUGUUUAAGAGGUUGAUUCUGAUGAUGAGUUUGUAAUUGGUAAAGAGUAAAAUAGUCUUUGGAUGAACGAGAUACUAAAAAUUUCACGUUGUGGUCUGUAAGUUUAUUAUUGUUAGGGGUUAGUUCUCUUCAUUGCUUCUUUUAGUAGUGAUGAUCAACAUUAUUGGGGCAAUUGUUAUCAGUUUCACCAUCAAUAUUCAAAAUGUAGAAAUUAUUGGGAUA